GUGUUGGGAUCCUCCGCUCCCGUUGGUAGUAAUGUGGCCAGCAGUUCUGACACUGCUCCGGGAAACGCGUCCGGCCAGUAGGAAUGGUAGUUGUUCCUGCUAGGGUCGAGGUGGUGGACACACCGUCACCAUCUCGAGAGAUGGCCCAAGCUUUUGACACCAUCGUCGUCCCGCAAACACAUCCUGACCCAUCGAACCUCUAUUCGAUGAAUGUGUUUGAAUCCUUAGAGGAGCUAGAGGAGGAGUGGUCUAGAUCAGACCCACUAGCUUCUUGGACGGCAUUGGCCAAAGCCCCUAAGGGUGAGAUGUCCGUCGGCGAGGUAGUCAUCGGCGGGGUUGCAAGGCCGGGGCCUAUUAUGACACUUGCUCGACUAGGAACUUCAUUAGUCGCGUGUGCGUUGAGAGGCUGCGCUUAUAGGGCAGGCGAGCCGGUGAAAAUGCCGCCGGAGAUAGAGGGAGUAGUUGCUAAAUACCCUGAUCUAUUUGAAGAGCCGACAUGGGUUGUCGAGAGGGAGGUCGUCCACGCGAUAGAGAUUAUCCCAGGGUCUAGCAUUCCGAAGGGUAGGAUCUAUCGGAUGUCUCCAGGCGAGCUCGAUGAGCUUCGCCGGCAACUCAAGGAACUCGUAGAGAAGGGGUGGAUCCGUCCGAGUGUCUCUCCUUAUGGUUCUCCAGUCCUAUUCGUACCUAAAAAGGGAGGCAAUCUGAGGAUGUGCAUUGACUAUAGGGGCCUCAAUGCCAUCUCUGUCAAGAACAGAGAGCCCCUACCGCGCAUCGAUGACUUGCUAGAUAGAGUGCAAGGGUGUCAGUACUUCAGUAAGAUAUAUCUGAAGUCCGGGUACCAUCAGACUGCAAUCCAGCCCGAGGAUCAACACAAAAACGCAUUUCAGACAAGGUACGGUCUGUACGAGUUUGUGGUGAUACCUUUCGGCCUUUGCAAUGCUCCUGGCACCUUUCAGCACGCUAUGAAUCGGAUCUUUCAUGACUACUUGGACAAGUUUGUCAUCGUGUACCUUGAUGACAUACUUAUCUUUAGUAGGACUGUCGAGGAGUACAUGGCUCAUUUGGACAAAGUUCUCAGUCUCCUUCAUCAGCAAAAGUUCAAGAUAAACGGGGAGAAGUGUGAGUUUGGUCGUACCCGCAUCUUGUACUUGGGUCAUGAGAUUUCCGCGAAGGGUUUGAAGCCCGAUGACGCGAAGGUGGCUAGUAUUUGUGACUGGUCGCGUCCUCAGUCUGUGACUGAGAUGAGGUCUUUCUUAGGUAUGACCGGCUACUACCGUAACUUUGUGAAGAACUACAACACAGUGGCCACUCCUUUGACUGACCUGACCCGCCUUGACACCCCAUGGGAAUGGACAGACAGCCAAUAUGGCAUAGGCGCCGUGCUCGCGCAGCAGGAGGGGCCAAAGUUCAGGCCAGUCGAUUACAUGUCCAAGAAGAUGCCGUCUCAGAAGUUGGCUAAGUCCACUUAUGAGAAAGAGCUCUACGCGAUCUACAAGGCACUGACCCAUUUGAGACAUUAUCUCCUUGGGAGGUUCUUCAUCAUCAGGACUGAUCAUCAGACCCUGAAGUGGAUGAGAACCCAACCAGUGCUCUCCGAUGCAUUGAAGCGCUGGAUCGAAGUCAUUGAACAGGCGACUAUCUCAAAGGGGAGUGCACCGAGUACUGAGUUCGAGCUCGCGGACGAUGUCACUCGCUCGUUGGUGGAAGCCUGCCGUGAGGACCAGUUCAUGUCUGAGAUCAUACGCAAACUCGAGGCGAAGGACAAGGUGACUUCUGCCGAGUUUGAGUUGGUCAACAGACUGUUGUUCCUUGAGAAGGUAGGGAAUAAACGUCUGUGUGUGCCAGAUAGAGAGUCUUUGCGUAGUUUAUUUUUAGGAGAGUGUCAUGACGCCACCGACCAUUUUGGCUACAAAAAGACAACAGCUAAUCUGCUGCAGCGGUUCUGGUGGCCCACGAUGAUGAGAGAUGCGAAGCUGUACGUGGAAACUUGUCAGGUCUAUCAAAGGGACAAGCCAUGUACACAGGCUCCUCUUGGGCUUCUAAAGCCCCUUCCGAUUCCGGAAAGGCCUGGUGAGAGCCUGUUCAUGGACUUCAUGGAUACACUGGUCACUAGCAAGAGUGGAAUCCGCUACGUCUAUGUAAUUGUGGAUAGGUUUAGCAAGUAUGCUAGGUUAGUCGCAAUGCCUGCAACAACUAAAACUGAAUAUGUGAUCAAGCUGUUUAAAGAGAACUGGGUCAGAGACUUCGGAUUGCCUAAGUCUAUAGUUAGUGACCGAGAUGUGCGAUUCACCAGUGAAUUGUGGAAAGCCGCAGCUGCAGAACAGGGCACUCGGCUGCAAAUGACAUCAGGCAAUCACCCAGAGGCGAAUGGGCAGGCAGAUCAGUUGAACCGCGCUGUACAGCACUUGCUGAGGCAUUGCAUCACGCCAAAUCAGGUAGACUGGGAUGAGAAACUUGCUCUCAUCGCCAGCCUGUACAACAAUGUUGUGCACAGCGCUACGGGAGUGAGCCCGAACAGCUUGCUACUGACCUUCAAGCCUAGACUGCCUUUGGACUUCCUACUACCUGAGAAUCAGUCAUCUGCUGCACCAGGGACCUUAGAGUUUGCUUAUCGAUAUGAGCAACUGAUGCAACAGGCUGUCGAACAGAUGCACAAGGCACAGGCGGCGAUGAUAGAGUCUGAGAACCAACACCGUCGCCCAUCUACAUUCUAGGUAGGAGAAAGAGUUUGGGUUAAGUCCUCAGAACUGGGACAGGAGCACAGGAUCUCCUGCAAGCUCAUGCCACAGUAC